AUGGAAUUUUUCGGGAGUAAGCCUCGACCCAAGACAAAAAAUGUUAAACGUUUAAAUGUGUCCAAGCCAAAAAAAGAAUACAACAUACUUGAAGAUUCUCAGAAAUCCAGUCCAUCAAAUUCUCAACCGGGUGUUUCGACUCGUAUUGAAAAUAGUAAUAACAUAUGUAACAUUUGUUACAUUAUGCCAAAAAAUGGAGUAUUUAAUCACGGGAAAAUUGGCCAUAUUUAUUGUUGCUACACAUGUGCCAAAAAAUUGUGGCGAAAAUCGAACAAAUGUCCCUUAUGUAAUGUAAGAAUUAAAUUUGUGACAAAAAUGAUUGUUGUCUAG